CCUCCUUCAGAUCUCCCCUCGGUGAAAGGCGCAGUGUCUGCGCGAUGGUAGGGGUUGUCAUCCUGUCUGACCGCCCGGUUUUCGGAGAGGAGAAGUUGGCAGAGGGAUGUUCCGGCGAUGAUGGCGUUGCAGAUGAGGAGCGGAGAUGCAGCUUUCUAUCAAUGCGCAGAGUACUGCAGAAACUACACUUCGCCGCCUGUCAGCUACAGUGACAGCAGCCAUUAUCUUGCACGAUUGCCAGGUCCAGAAACCAUGCUGAAGCCCCCACUGAGUCUCUUCAGUCAUCCGCAGCGGCCCUUCCAUUACAUGGACUCUCUGCACCACUUGGGACCUCCACCACUGGCACCUGCACAGCCUCUUGGACCACCACCCAUUGCCCCUACUCAGGCCAUUGGACCCCCAACUCUGGCUCCUACUCAGAGUUUAGGACCUCUUCACAUAACUGCUUCCCAUACAUUAAGGCCUCCAUCCAUUACCCCACCACACACGUUGGCUCCACCACCAAUGCCUCUAGCUCAGUCACUGUGCCCUCCACCAAUGGCACACACUUUAGGACCCCCACCUGUAGAUCCCACACAAACAAUAUUACCUCCCAAUAUGGAUCUAACACAAUCGCUGGUGCCUCCACAUCUUACUCCAUCCCAAGCGCUGGUGCCACCACCUGUAGUGGCACCUACAGCCAAUCGAUUUCCCUUGCCUCCUAGCCCCUUGUCUUCAUCCCCUGCUCCAGACACUGACCCUUCACAGAUGCCCUCAAGACCCCCAGGGCCAGCCCUGAACCCUCCUCCAGUUUCUAGCUACGUCUGUGGUCCUGUUCCAGGUCAAGCAGCCCUGGCCAGUGAGCAGCUCCAGGAUGAGAACUCCUCACUGGGGAUGGAGGAGCAGGAGGACUCUCUUGGGCUAGAAGAACUGUGUAAACCACUGUACUGUAAACUCUGCAACGUCACACUAAAUUCUGCUCAGCAGGCACAAGCUCACUAUCAGGGAAAAAACCACAGUAAAAAACUGAGAAAUUUCUAUGCUGGAAGCCAACAACCACCAGCCAUCAGGAUCCCAGAGGUCCUGGAGGGGGCUGGUCAAACUGUGGGAUCAGGGUCUACAGAUGGUGACACAAGCAGGCAGGCUCUGUAUAAGGGGGCGCCUCGGGUUAUCUUGGCCACAGAGAACGACUAUUGCAAACUGUGCGAUGCCUCCUUCAGUUCUCUAGCAGUUGCACAGGCACACUAUCAGGGCAAAAAUCACGCCAAGAAGCUACGUCUGGCUGAAGCCCAGCAGAACUCCAAUAACAUAGAAGGAAACGUUGAGGCAGCCCCCAGAAAAAAUUGGAAGGAUGGCAGUGAAUAUCGAUUGGUGAAGAACCGUCGCAGCCCACAGUUGCCUGCUGCUAUACCAGGUCCAUACUACAACCCCAGACCGAGGCAGCGCAUCCCCAGGGAUUUAGCCAUGUGUGUAACUCCCAGUGGACAGUUCUACUGCUCCAUGUGCAACUGCGGAGCCGAGCAGGAAAUAGACUUCAGACAGCAUCUGGAGAGCAAGCAGCACAAAGCCAAAGUGUCAGAGUUAAGAUAUCGCCAUGAGAUGGAGAACCUCGGAUACAGCUAAGAGGGGAGGGGAGAAUAAAGAUGGAGACUAAAGUGAGGCAAUGGCAUUGGUAAGCACC